CACCAAUGUGAAUCGACGGUGGAAGACCUUGUACUAGGAGAAAAAUGUAAAUAACACUACACUGCUACCGUUCUCAGUCCAAAUCUCUUCCUUUCGCGGUUUAAGCUGAACGUCGAAUUUGCAAAACGGCCGGAGAGAAAAGAACAGAAACGGAGACGACAACAGCCAUAAAACAGAGAGAUUUAUGACAUUUAGUGUAGGCAAGGGUUUUUAAAAUUUUUAUUGGCAUCUGGGUUUGGGAGGGUAGGAUGGAUUUAAACGAGGAGCAGUUGGACUACGAUGACGAAGACCGUAGUGGGGGUGGCGGUGGCGUCGGCGGUGGCACCACCAUCAGCAGCAGCAGACAUUUUCAGGGCACCAUAUCUGCUCUCACUGAAGCAGAAGAGGAGGAAGAAGUACCCGAUGAUGAAGAAUAUGAUGAUCUUUAUCAAGAUGUGAAUGUGGGUUUUAUCGAGCCACAGGAGGUACAGGUUCAAAACCCACUACCUCCCGUUCCACUUCCUGAGCUAGCGAGCCGACCCCAAGUGGAAGCUCUUCCGCCUCCUCAGGAGUUUCGAAACCGAGUUACUGACUACACCGACCCACAGGGAACGGCCUCCUCUUUUGCAGCGGAUGAAGAGAGCAGACAAGGGUUUCAAGGAUUCUCUUCUUCUGCACCGGAAGAAGAGAACGGCAGAGGCUUCCGGACUGUCUCUUCUUCCACUGGUGUUGUGGAAGAAGAGGGCGGCGGAAGGUUCCGAGCAGCUCCGCCACUGGGGCUUGAACUUAGGGCAGUGCGUGCUGGUGGGGAAUCGACCUCGGGACCUGCUGGCGGACGCGGUGGUGGUGCGGGUAGCAGUGCUGCCGGCACGCCAACAUCCACACCGAGGUCUGCCAGGGGGGACUUUGAUUAUGCUACGGCUAGUGGUGGCGGUGCCAGUGGAAGUGGGAGCUCGGUAUUCGUCGGGGAUUUGCAUUGGUGGACGACGGAUGCUGACCUGGAAGCCGUGCUCUCAGAAUAUGGGAGGGUUAAAGAGAUCAAAUUUUUUGAAGAAAGGGCCAGUGGCAAAUCGAAGGGAUACUGCCAAGUACACUUUUAUGACCCCAAUGCUGCGCGCCUUUGUAAGGAAGGGAUGAAUGGGAGAGUUAUUAAUGGGAAAGCUUGCUUGGUUGCGUACAAGAGCCCAAGGAUUGUGAAGCAGGGUGGGGACGCAGGGCCUGGCAAUAGAAGUGGUGCAGGUUUACAGGAAAAGAGGACGAUGAAUGAUGGUGGUGGUGCUGGUGGUGGAGGAGGUGGUAGAAUGGGUGGUGGUGGUGGGGGUUAUCAUGGGGGUGGAGAUGGUAGUGGAGGCGGACGACAUUACGGCCGCUCGGGCAGAGGGGGCCAUGGACAAGGCAGAGGUCCUGGAGGGCAGGGGAGAGGCAGGGGUGGAAAGGGGGCCAGUGGAAAUAAUGCUGGUGGGCACUAUGGGCACGGGCUUCUGGGACCUAUGGGCAUGCAGCCCGCAGGAAUGAUGCCACCCAUGGGGAACCAGGGUUUUGACCCGGGGUUUGGCGCACAAAUGGGUAGGGGAGGUGGUGGGGGUGGUUAUGGAGGGUUUGGCCCUCAUGGAGCUCAUUUUGCUGGAAUGGUGCCGACAUUUCCAACGGUUGGAUCAGUUGGCCUCCCUGGUGUGGCUCCUCACGUGAAUCCGGCCUUUUUUGGUAGAGGAAUGAGUGCAAAUGGAAUGGCAAUGAUGCAGGGCGGUGGCAACAGUAGUGGCAUUCCAGAGGGGCACCAGGUAAUGUGGUCGGAUUCUGUGUGGGGCAGUGAUGGGUCAAAUAAAAGAAUGGGAGAUUCGAGCCAUGUGGAAGAUAUGGGAUCAGAUUAUGGCUAUAGUGGAUAUGGUGGCGACAAGAGUCAUGAUAGAGGAGGAGGAGGAGGAGGAGGAGGUGGUGGUGGUGGUGGUGGUGGCAGGUCAAGUGCCCAGCGAACCAGGGAGAGGGGGCUUGACAGUGAUUGGGUUGGGAAUUCUGAAAAGAGACACCGAAGUGACAGGGACAUGGACUGGGACAGGGAGAGGGACAGGUACAGGGAGAAGGACAGGGAUGGAUAUAGAGAGCAGAGGGAGAGGGAGCACAAUUGGGAUAGAGAUGAUGAGUAUGGCAGAGACAGGGCUGCAAGGCCUCGAAGCAAAUCCCGUGCUAUUGAAGAAGAGGACCCUCGAACAUUAGCAGAGUAUGGGAAGAGGCGGCGCUAGGGAUCAGAGCCCAAAAUGCUUUACUGAAAAAUUGGGUUCUUUUGGCUGCAUUUGCUUCAUAGCCUAGAAUAUCUGGGUAUAUGUGGAUCGCGUGAAGAAGACAGCUGAAUCUUUCCCCACAGAUCAUAACGAAAAAGUUGAUGGAUAUUUCUUUGAAGGUGAAGGCUAAGAGAGAGAGUUGAACUUACAAGAUUCAUUCCUCAAAGUCUUCCAGUAACCCAAGCUGGGUAUUGUGAUGGACAAGGCAACCUACCGCAUGUAAAUCCGUGGAUUAUUUUUGUUGGAUAGGUUGAUGAUAAUGGAAUAUAUAUUUGUGUAAUUUAGAUCAAUCUUCACCAUUCCUGUACACAUUAGUUUUGCUUUCUAGGCAAAUGGAAGCCGUUGGUGAUGCUUGGGAGUGUUUUGUCUUCAUGAAGCAUUGAGUUGGAGUGGGCUAAUCAAAAUUUAACGAAUUACAGGCAGGUUUUGUGGAUAUCUUGAAUAUUCUGCCUGUAUUUCUGAUUUGUAUGUUGGGUUAUCAUGCACUCAAGUAUUUUUUCUGUUAUACUUGUAGAAAUCUGCAUUUUCAACUGUACAAAAAUGCAGCCAGAAUUGUUGUACCUUUGUUGGAUUUCUAUAAAAAUCCAUUAAGUCACAUAAAAUGUAAGGGUAUUGUUGCUGCAGCAAGCUGUAGGCUCAAAUGUAAGGGUAGAGUUUGUAAAUUGUCAAAGGUGAGAUGUCUGUCCAUGUCUGUACUUCACAAGUACAUCCUAGAGAAAUCCUGUACUGCCGCCUUCUGUUUUCUGUGCAGAAAUAACUAUAGCAUGUAACAAGAUGUGGGCGUCUUUCCUACAAGAAAAUGGUCAACAAUUUAGUACUCUUAUGUCAAGAUAUUGUAACUUAUUUAGAAGCUUUUACACUUCUACCUACUGUAUAUGUGAGGAUAAAAUAUUUUAUUA